AUGGCCUCCGCAUUCACCGCAGAUAUCGUUCCCCAAGCUCCAGAGGACCCGCUCUUCGGUCUGAUGGCUGCUUACCGCAAGGACACGUUUGCGCAGAAGGUCGAUCUGGGCAUUGGUGCUUACCGUGAUGAUAAUGCUAAGCCCUGGGUGUUGCCAGUAGUAAAGAAGGCCGACAAAAUCAUUGCUGACGAUCCGGACCUCAACCACGAAUACCUUCCUAUUGCUGGUCUCCAACAGUUCACAAGUGCCUCUCAGAGGCUAAGUCUCGGUGCAGACAGCCCAGCGAUCAAAGAAGGACGAGUUGCAUCACUCCAGACCAUUUCAGGCACUGGUGCUGUCCACCUCGGCGCCCUCUUCCUCUCCAAAUUCUACAAGUACUCUGGUCAGACACCUACCGGAUACUUUUCGAAUCCAACAUGGGCUAAUCAUGGCCAAAUCUUCGACACCGCCCGUCUCUCACACAAGACAUAUCGCUACUUCUCGCCAACGACAAAGGGUCUCGACUUCGAGGGCAUGAUGUCUGACAUUAAGGCUACCCCAGAAGGAAGCAUCAUUCUGCUUCAUGCCUGUGCACAUAACCCCACUGGUGUUGAUCCAACACAAGAGCAAUGGAAACAGAUCGCACAAGUCAUGGCGCAGAGGCGGCAAUUCCCCUUCUUCGACACUGCAUACCAAGGCUUUGCAUCUGGCGACUUGAACAAAGACGCUUGGGCCAUCCGCUAUUUCAUUGCACAGGGCUUCGAGCUUUGCAUCGCACAGUCAUACGCCAAGAACUUUGGUCUCUAUGGUGAGCGCGCUGGCUGCUUCCACUUCGUGACAGCCCCCGGAUCCGAUGCACAGAGCACAAUUACUCGCAUCGCCUCCCAGCUGGCCAUCCUGCAGAGAUCUGAGAUCUCGAACCCGCCCGCGUAUGGCGCACGCAUUGCGUCGUUGGUGCUCAACACUCCAGAGCUCUUUGCCGAGUGGGAGGCUAAUCUGCGGACCAUGAGUGGACGCAUCAUCGAAAUGCGCACCCAGCUUCGCGCCAAGCUCGAGCAGCUCGGCACGCCAGGCACGUGGAACCACAUCACCGACCAGAUCGGCAUGUUUAGCUUCACAGGUCUAUCAGAAAAACAGGUGCUGAAGAUCCGGGAAGACGCACAUGUCUAUAUGACGAAGAACGGGCGUAUCAGCAUGGCCGGCCUAAAUUCGCAUAACAUUGACUAUUUUGCAAAGGCCGUCGACAAGGUCGUCAGAGAGACUCAGUAG